GCCGCGCGCCCCGCCAUGCUGGGGGUGACGACCGUGACCACGGCCACCCUGCUGCUGGCGGCCGUGACGCUCUCGGCGGCGCUGACCAACGCCAACCCGCCGCCGCGGGCUGCCGCUGGGGUGGCGGGCGGUGCGGGCGCGGCGGAGCUGGCGGAGCGCGAGGUGCCCGUCGUCGACUUGAACGGCUCUCUCGGUGUGCCGGCUCCGACUGAAGCAAGAACGACGGGCACCAUCCGCGAGGCCCUCGGGGGCGGCGUCGUGGACCCAGCCACUAUGACGGCCAGCUCCACCCCGGCCCUGUCGCCCGGAGCACCUUCCGCAGACCGCCACCCUGCGUUCGGAGCCCAGCCCCAGCCCCAGCCGGGGGGUCUGCGAUCGAGCGGGAGCCGCUGCACCGGGCCCCAGGUGUGCCUCAGGGUGGAGCACUGCCAGCCGGCCGAGGUGGACCUGCUGUUCGAGUGCGCCCCUGGCUGGGUGUGCUGCGUGCCCGCGCCGCCAUCAAGGCCGCCAUCGACGGCCGCGUCGCCGACGUCGAGCCCCCGCCCCUCGCAAGGCGCGCAAGGCCACGCAGGCCACGCCCCCAACCCUGCGACAGCAACCCCGCCCACUCCCCAGAGGCAGCCGCAGCUCCCUCGGCCGACGCCCUCCCAUGCAGCCCCGGCCGCCCCCCAGGAUCACCACCAUCAUGUCGAGCAGCAGCAGCAUCAGCCGGCCACGCAGCGGCCCCUCCACUUGAAGCCCGAGGAAGGCCUCACUGUCCCGGUGCAGCGGCCACCCGCGCCGGCCCAGCAUUCAGGCCAUCCCAAGCCCCAGGCUACAGCCACGACGCCCCCGUCCGCGACGCCCCCGUCCGCGACAUCCACCACCAGGCCCGGCCCGCACGCCACCACGGCCGCGGCCUCCGCCCCCAAGUCGCUGCUGCCCGGAACGGACGUGUGCGGCAUAGUCACCACGGAAAACAGGAUCACCAACGGCAAGAUUGCCAGCCCGGGUCAGUUCCCCUGGAUGGCGAUACUCGGCUACCGAAGGCGCGGUGACUCCGGCAUCUCCUUCCUCUGCGGCGGCACCCUCAUCAACGAGAAGUACAUCCUCACCGCGGCGCACUGCAUCAGCUCGCAGAACCGACCUGUCCUGGUGCGCCUGGGGGAGUUCAACCUGACCGAGGCGGUGGACUGCGACCACGACAAGGUGUGCGCGCCGCCGCCCCUGGACAUGGACGUAGAGAGCAUCUCGUCGCACCCCGACUUCGACCUCCGCAACAUCAAGCAUGACAUCGCCCUCAUCCGGCUCAGCAGGAGCGUCCAUCAGUUCUCGGAGUACGUGCGGCCAAUCUGCCUGCCGGUCAACGUCAACGUCACCGACGACAAGAAGUUCAAGAUAGCCGGCUGGGGGAAGACGUACUUCAGGGACGCUGCGGGCAGCCCCGUGCUGCAGUUCACCGACGUGAACGGCGUGGGCCACGCCGAGUGCAACGAGCUGCAGCCGCCCGAGCUGCAGCCGCUGGACCCGGGGCAGCUGUGCGCCGGCGGCGACAAGGGCAAGGACGCGUGCAAGGGCGACAGCGGUGGGCCCCUCAUGGUGACGCUGGCCAACGAGGCGCCCACCGUGUACGGCCCCAACCACGUCACCUACCAGAUCGGCGUCGUCUCGUACGGUCCGGACAGCCCGUGCGGCACCGCGCCCCUGCCCUCCAUCUACACCAGGGUCACCGCCUACGUGCCCUGGAUCCUCGCCACGCUCAGGCCCUAGCUACUCGCGGGACAAGAUGAAAAUGGAAACGAAAACACAAAACAAAAGCAACGUCAAUUUCAAUAUUUGUUAUUAAUGAAUAAAUUACAUUAUAAACAAGGCAAAACAAUAAACCAGAAUCAAACAGUA